GUCUAUGUUUGAUUCAUUUAUACCUCACAUGUUAUAGGACAUCAUCUGUUCAACAGUAAAGAUGUGGAUGUCUGGACUUCUCUUUGUACUUUUAGGAAUGGAUGUUUACUAUUCUCAAUCAGACCCAUCAGAGAAUUUGGCAUUACGAGGAGAGGCUGUACAAUCAUCCACAAACCAAGCUUGGAUAGCAGCAUGGGCCAUUGACUCGAAUCCCUUAACCUUCACCCAUACGCUCCAAUCUGAUAACCCGUGGUGGAGACUAGAUCUGCUGGAUUCUUACUACAUCUCUCAAGUCGUCAUCACUAACAGAGGAGACUGCUGUCCAGACCGACUUAACAAAGCAGAAAUUCAUAUCGGAAACUCUUUGGAAAACAAUGGCAACAAUAAUCCCAGAUGUACAGUGCUGAAUAAAAUUGGUCAAGGUCAGUCUGUGUCCGUGUCCUGUCACAAUAUGAAGGGACGAUAUGUGAACAUCAUCAUACCUGGAAGUUCAAAAAUUCUUUCUCUUGCUGAAGUGGGGGUGUAUAAGAAAGAUUAUAUAGGAAAAACCUUUGUGAAGAUAAAAUUUCUCUCCAGUGUCAAUGUAACUGAUCCAGCAGUCAGCGACACAGUUCUUGAUCAGCUGAAGACCGCUUUGACUUCUAAAGGACUCUCAAAUGUCACACUGACCUGGACCAAACUCCCUCAGAAAGUUGAAGUUAAACCGGAGAUCAAACUGGUUGGGCCAUGUGUUAAAGAACCUGAAUAUCCUGAAUCAACAAAAGUACUCUUUGAUGAAAAAGACUUAGUUUAGUUAAAGUUAUAUUUGUUUGUUAUUUUAGUUUAGUUAAAGUUAUAUUUGUUUGUUAUUUCAGUUUAGUUAAAGUUAUGUUUGUUUGUUAUUUUAGUUUAGUUAAAGUUAUAUUUGUUUGUUUCUUUUAGUUAUUGGUAACUGAUUGGUGUGAUGAUUUUCUUUAAUUCUCUUCUUCAUCAUUUUAAAUCAUUUGUAGUUAAUCAAUGGUAAUGGGUUUGUCCUCUGCCCUACACUGACGUCUUUGGUCUUCUCCAGAAUGCCAUAAAACUAAAGACGACAUAGUGUCAAUAAAAUAAAAUAAAUGAACAACUGAUAAA